AUGAUUAGGAUGACGCUAGCACAGCUGAACGGAAGCAUGAUUUUUGAAUCUUGGCUCACAGCAAGUGCCGGCCUAAGAGUAGCUGCUGGGCUACACACUAAUCUCCCAGGGGUUCAGGUAACAAACACCGACGAUGAACACUCCCCGGAUGGCAUUUAUAUAAAUCUGUCAACAUUUGAAUCCUAUGGAAAAGACAUGCUAUGCUACGACAAAAAUUACGAGGGUUCCAUAUACUUGCAUGCAAAAAGGACAUUUGUGCCAUUGCUUCCGGAGCAGGAAGAUGACGUUUCCACGGAUGGCGAAACAAUGUUUAAGGAGAAGAAGGUCUAUGAUGAAAUUAUAGAGUACCAAAUAUUUGCUCCGAGCAUAGGCUUCCUUCCACUUGAUAAGGCUGACGGACUACUGGCCCAGGUAGCAAAUGCUGUAAUUUGUCACAUUGGAUUUGAGUUCAAAACUGAUGAACUUAUAUGGUCUGAACCGGUGCAGGAAAGCAAGUAUGCAAGAUCGCUCGUUCAAGUGGAGAAUCCCGUGCAAAUAUCACAUUCUGAUUUAAAAUGCAAUCGUUGUGGAGCGACUAGCAACUUGUGGUUGAAUCUUUCUGAUGGCUACGUUGGCUGUGGCCGCAAAUACUACGACGAAGGUGGUUGUAUGGAUGGUUCAGAAGGUGCUGCAAUUCUUCAUUAUCGCGAAACUGGAUCCGUAUUUCAUCUUGUCGCAAAAAUUGGAACAAUCACUACAAAGGGUGCUGAUAUUUACAGUUAUGCAUCGGAUGAGGACAAUCUCGUUUCUGAUCCCCUCUUGGAUAAGCAUUUGGCACAUUUUGGUAUUAAACUACAGCUCUUGGAAAAAACUGAAAAAACGACCAUGGAGUUGGAGCUUGAAACGAACCAAAAUUAUGACUGGUCUGAUAUUAUUCCAUCGGAAAGUCUAUAUACACAUGGAAAGGGGCUUGUAGGAAUUGAAAACCUCGGCAAUAGUUGCUACCUUAGUUCGGUAAUUCAGGUCAUGGCGUCAAUUCCAGAGCUUUCCGAUUUUUUUGUAAAACAUUUCAAUGAUAUCGCAAGCAAUAUACCGCCGAAUAAAAAGGCAUGUGACGAUGUAAUUUUACAAUUUGCCAAAACUUGUGUUUCCCUCACUACUGAUAGACGUCUAGUCCAAUUUUUGGAAAAUGUAAAGGGUUAUAAGGACAAGUGUUUAGAGUUGGGAAUUCCCUACGUGGAGCCUCCAUGUCUGACAUGCAGUAUAAAACCUAGGAUGCUAAAGUACUCUCUUGGAAGGCAUAAUUCCACAUUUAGUAACAAUGAACAACAAGAUGCUGAAGAGUUUCUUAGCUUCUUUAUCGAUUUGCUAUGCAACAUGGAGGGUCAAACACGGCAAACGAUACUCUGUCAAGGGCUAAAGAAGAUCAAUCACACGGAUAACGAAACACACAUUUUAUCUCUACCAUUGGUUCAAAAUUUGGACGAUUCCAGUCACGAUUCCACAUUUCCACUUACCUUGCAGGCAUGUUUGGACUUGUGGACAAAUGAUCAGGAUAUUGAUUACAUUUCGGAGACUGAUAGAAAGAGACAUCACGCAGUCCUAAAGAACAGCUUGAUUACGCAACCGAAAUAUUUGAUUCUUAAACUCGAGCGCUUUUAUCUCAAAAAGGAUUGGACCUCUGGGAAGAUCUUAAACCCCUUUAUUAUACCGGAAACUGGCAUAAAGUUUGAUUUGUACAAUGAGAAUUUAUAUAGCGGAUUUGACUAUAGUGUAGAGUAUACAAAUGGCAAAGCUACUGCGGGAGGUGGUUCAGGGACUGUCUAUGGAGAUACUAGGAAAGAUGGAGGAUUAUUAUCAGAAACUAAAGGGUCUCAAGAAUAG